UGAACAAAAGAUGUUGGGUCAGCAAAAAAUGAAAUCCGAUGAAAUAUGAAGAAAUAAACCAGAAAGAGUUGGAAUGGUUUUUUUUGAAGCAAAGGACGAUUAUGAAAAGAACAGAACCCAUGAACUUAUUUCUACGAAAAUCAAGAAAAGGUUUAUUGUCGUUACGGUCCAGCAAUUUGAUGGUCACUGAAGCGUCACUUCGUAGAGGCGGCAAACCAAGAUCGACCGCACAAACCUUGAGUGUGUAUUCUGGUAUCUUCUCUCUGUCGAGUCUAAACAAAAAGAUUGAAAAUAAAUGAUGAAAAGAUUGUAACAAAGCAAGAUCGUUUGCAACUAUCCGUUCACUACACUAUCAGAUGAUUGAACAAUAUUUGCAUUAUAAGCAGGAUGGGAUCUGAGACCUCUAAUACACUUGGACCAGUCAUUAGGAAAUUAACUUUCAAAUUAUGUGUUAUUCAUGAAAUAUGAAUUCAUUCUUCGGGAGUUUCUUUUUGUACCAGUUUUCGACAAUUUUUGGCAUUAAAUGUUUUAAAAUUAGUCAUGAUCGCCAAAAAUUGUUUAAAGUACAUUUAUUGCACAUUUAGCUAGUUAAUUGUUAACCAAGUUAAAUUUUCUUUCCAAUUGUGAUUCGUACUUCGGAAAAUAAAUCACUCAUAGUGAGAUUUUAUUGCCCUGCAUUGAGCAGACUAUUUCUCCCAGGCCAUAAUGCAAUUAACACUAUGCCUAGAGGUGCAAAUCACCUUUGUUAAUAUGUUUGACUGAUUCAAUCCGCUGUUUGUUAUUCAUGCCAUAUAAUUUAAUGUUAGUUGGAGUUAUCAUAAUGGGGUAUGGGAGACAUUGAGCUUAUAAUAAAAAUAUGUAUUUGCAGGGUAGAGGAAGGGAGAUAAGAUGGCCUGAUUAUAUGGCGUCCUAUGGUCUUCCAACUGGUUACUAGUCCAUGUUGAGUAUGAAAAUACUUCUUUUCAAGUGUAUGGAUUUAAAUGUCAAAGCUUUAAGACAAAUCUGGGAGAGUAGGGGUCAAGAUGCUUGGAUACGAGAGAAAAUAGUUCUGAGAGAAGGCGGAAGAACAUCAUUAGAUCUGAGUAAUGAGGCCAGAGGAAGAAUACCAAAAGCUGUUUUCACUUUGAAAGAUUUGAAUGAGUUAUACAUGUGGAGAUGCGACAUAAAGGUCUUUCCCAAAACUCUAUGUUGCAGACUCAAGUAUCUCUCCGUUUUAAACCUCAGCAGAAACAAGAUUCCAGCCAUACCAACAAGUAUUACGGAAUUGAAGAAUUUGGAAGACCUUGAUUUAAGCCACAACUUAAUCACAGAAAUUCCGCAAGAAAUUGGAAAACUACAAAAACUUAGUUUACUUCACUUGAAUUUUAAUUUCAUUCUCGAGCUACCGGAAGAAAUCUGCGACUGUAAACAUUUGAAAAUAUUCAAUGUAAUGUCAAACCAAAUCGUGAAGUUGCCGAAACAAUUGCACAAUCUGACAUCAUUGAUUGAAUUUGAUUUAUCAAAAAAUAAGCUCUCUGGCACACUCGAGUGUUCCGUGGGAAGAUUAUCAGCAUUGGAAUGGCUGGAUAUAAGCCAUAAUCAGAUUUUGGAAUUGCCGAGUGAAAUUGGAAACCUAGUACAACUGAGGUCAUUGUACUUGCAGAACAACAUUGUGACAUCACUACCAGAUGAAUUAUGUUCUGGAUUAUGCAUAUAUCUCGAUACUUUGAAUGCAAACAAUAAUUGUUUGCAAACAAUACCUAGAAAUAUUGGGCAUUUGAAAAGACUGAUGACUUUCUGGUGUGCUGAGAAUGACCUUGAAACUUUGCCAGAUGGAUUGUGUGACCUUCAAAGACUAAUGACCCUUGACCUUUCUGGAAAUAGACUCAAAAGCAUUCCAGAAGACUUUGGUAACUUGACCCAACUCACCACAUUGUGUUUGAAAGAAAACAAUUUAAAAUCUUUACCAAAAUCUUUGUCAAAUCUUGAAUGUUUAAAAAUUCUAGAUUUGAGUGAAAAUCAAAUUUCUGGGAGUUUAGUUGAAGUUUUGGGUAAAAAUUUGUGCAAAAAUUUACCAGUUUUACAUCAGGAUGUUAAAAAUAACCUGCAAGAAGGUUUGUAUUUAUAUGGAAAUGAUAUUAGAAUUGAUUAAAUCACAAUAAAUAAAAGCCUUAAG